AUGCCAUGGCUGGAAGUCCCUUUGUUGGCAUCUUUCAUCUAUGCAAAAUGUACCAAGUUAGAGAGGUUAGUACUUUGGGAUUGCUUGAGGAGCUUGGCAAUUAAUAUUAAUACACCAUGGAUAGUUAGGGGCAAUUUUAAUGCCAUUAUACACAAUGGAGAAAAAUUGAAUGGCGCUGUGCCAUAUGCAAGUUCCAUGGAAGAUUUUGCUAAUGCUUUGCUUGAUUGUGGGUUAAUGGAUGGUGGCUAUGGAGGAAACCAAUUCACUUGGACUAAUAACCGUAUGUUUCAACAGUUGGACAGAAUAAUUUAUAAUCAUCAUUGGGCAGACUUUUUUGCUUAUACACAUAUACAUCACCUGAAUAGGGAAGGAUCAGACCAUUGUCCAUUGCUGAUUACCUGCUCUAAGAACCAGUAUAGAUUUCCCUCAUGUUUUAGGUUCUUGCAUGCUUGGGUUCUACACCAUGGGUUUAAAAGUUUUAUGGAACAUAAUUGGACUUCUCCCAUUGUUGGUUCUGGAUUACAAGCUUUCUGGGUGAAGCAACGAGGUUUAAAACAAGCUUUGAAACGGUGGAAUAAGGAGGUUUUCGAAGAAAUCUUCCACAAUUUGAAGGUGGCAGAACGAAGAGCUGUAAAUUGUGAAAUAAUUUUUCAACAGGAGCAGUUAAUGGAGAACCGAGCUGCCAUGAAUAAAGCCUAUACCCAGCUUAAUCACCUGCUUAGUGUUGAAGAAUUAUUUUGGAAGCAAAAAUCUGGUAUUAAAUGGUUAAUGGAGGGUGAGCGUAACACCAAAAUUUUCCACAUGCAGGUUAAGAAGAAACAAAUCAAAAGCCAUAUCUUCAAAAUAGAAAAUCUAGAUGGGAGUUGGAUUGAAGAACCGGAUGCUGUGAAGUCUUCAUUUAUGUGUAGUGCCAUCAAUGGCAGAGCUGAAAAAAGUAGUAUUCAAUAUUGCAAGGACAGUGUUGUUGGCCCUGAUGGAUUUUCUUCUUAUUUUUAUCAACAAUGUUGGGAUAUCGUUGCUAAUGACCUCUUGGAUGCAGUUGUUGAUUUUUUCCAUGGAGCUGACCUCCCAAGGGAAAUCACGUCUACAACUAUUGUGUUGCUGCCCAAAAAUAACAAUGCCUCGAAAUGGAGUGAUUUCAGACCGAUAAGUCUUUGUAAUGUUUUAAAUAAAAUCAUUACUAAGAUUUUAGCUAACCAUCUUGCAAAGAUGCUUCCCUCCAUGAUUACAGAUAAUCAGAGUGGCUUCGUAGGGGGGAGACUGAUCAGCGAUAAUAUCCUUCUUGCUCAAGAACUAAUGGGGAAGAUUGACCAAAAGUCAAGGGGUGGAAACAUUGCUCUCAAGUUGGAUAUGAUGAAGGCUUAUGAUCGGCUUGAAUGGGAUUUUCUCUAUAGAAUGCUAUAG